UUCCGUACCGUAUAAUUAUGAUUUCCCCCCACGGCCCCGUGGAUUAUCGAGGUGGAUUAUUGGCUGUGUACAUGUAGCUGAGAUUAUUAUAGAGCUAGAGAGGACUGGACCUUGGACUAGACCAGAUCGAGAGACCCGUGUCCUUAUUUCUGUGCUACCCAUCAGCUAGGUACGACUUUGAUUCCUGAGAAUAAGGAGACUCGAGUUCUAGAUGGAGGAAUGGCCUAAAGCGACUGAGGCUCAGUUGAGCCUUGAGUGCUCAGAUCAAGCUCUUCAGCAGUUGUCUGCCGAGAUAGCUGGCUAUAACAAAUACAAGCACAUGUUGGGCCUCAGUGAUGCUGUGAUUAAUGAAAUCGAUCACAAUCCAAGCACCUUCUACAGCACUCAGGGCAAAUUUCAUUCUGCUCUAAAAAAGUGGAAAUCAAAAAACCUCGAUACAAAAACAGCGUCUUACAGUCGAUUAGUAGAAAUAGUUAAGACUACCAAUGAUGGAGAUGCUCGCAGGAAAAUUCACAGAGCGUGUGUCAAUGCAGGCUAUAAUUUUUUCAUAGCAAAGAAUGUCGGCUGUCUGAAAUAUAAUGGAGGCUUAAAAUCCGAUGAACCACCACCGUUAGAGCAACUGAGGAGUCAUGAGCCUGCCCCAGAAAUUCCCAAGCCUCCUGAGGAAGCACCUGACAAUAAGGUGCCUGAGAUUCAGCAAUUUUGCUACAUUCACGAAUCAACCCGACGUCACUUGGUAUGGGAUGUGAAGCAAAUUUCUGAGCUGAAAGUGCAUUUUCUGAACCCUGACAUUCUAGAGAAGGAGCACUGGAAGUGUGGGCAUGCGGGUCCCCUGACAGUUGACACUAUCCUGGCUUGGGCCACUGUCUGGAAUAGCCAUGCUGAAAAGUACCCACAUAUUGCUGAUGAGCUAGCAACCGCUGACACAGCUCAAAUAAGAGUGUUUUUUACCAGCAACAGAAAAGUGAUGUCCUGGUCGAAGGUUGGAACCGCAGCAACUUGGGAAACUGAUAAAAAUAUGGCGACAAUGGUCUUCAACUUGUAUGGCAUGACAAAAGCUGUCCAAAGAAGCAUAGUGAUUCAUGAAUUUGGCCAUGCCUUGGGACUGGAUCACGAGCAUCAACGAUCCGACUUCUGGGAUGUCUUGCAGCCAUUCACUAUCGGAACAAAUCAAAUGAAGAACGGAGACAGUGGGCGUUGCAUAUCAGCUUCUGAGGCUGUUUUCAAUCUCAGGGAAACGAUUGGAAGUGAUCGAACUGAAUAUGACAGCAAGAGCAUCAUGCAUUACUGGUUUGACAUGAACUGGUUGCUACCCGCCUACCGUUCUCUUGCCAACAUUAAAACAAAUACACAACUGACUGUUGCUCAGAAGAAAGUACUUGAGGGUGUACAUGCUCAUGACUGCCGCAAAGGAGCACAAUUGUCAAAAAAUCCUUCGAUACUGGAUUAUACGACUCUAAACAAGUCCUAUGCAGCUAUGUCUCAAGCAGUCGCUGGUGAACAUGUUCAGCUUCCACCUGUGCUUUCACUGUCUGCUCGGCCUGCUGAACUUGAAGCUGUUUCAUUCGACGUACUGACUAUGGAUCACUUCACUACUAUUUUCGAGAUACUUAAGAAAACAAAUAAGGAAUGGUACAACAUAGGUCUCGGACUUAAUGUGGAGAUGGAUGAGCUUGAGAAGUUUGAAGAUAAUUUUCCAAAUGAUAACGUUAAGUGUCUGAGAAAGAUGUUGACUCGUCGCAUACAACAAGGUGGUCUGACUCGCUCCCUACUGUGUGAAAGCCUAAGGCGACCUUUAGUGAAGAGAAGUGAUGUAGCUGAUGAAGUUCAGACUGCAAAGCUCUUGUAGCUACAUGUGCAUGUACCUGCACAUGUAGUUGUUAAGAUUGUGAGUUUUGUACCAGAAUAUUUUUACUUUUGUGUUUUCAAAUUGUCAUAACUGCAUGAUGUCCAAUUAUUUUCAUUACUA